CCAAAAUUACCCGAUGGCUGCACUGCACGUUUCCGAGAGACAGGAGGUGCGUAAGCGUGCGAGCGGCCGAGGAGGAGUCUAUAGGAGCGUGCGUUCAAAACUCGUCUGCUGCCGAGUGAGGGGACACGAUAUUGCGGGGUGCCAAUACUAGCUCCGAAACUACAUCCUCGCGUCGUACGUCCAUCAGUCACGUCACAUUGUCGCUCGGACGAGGAAAACGUCGCAAUGGCCAGUGUCGAUCGGGUUCCUGGACUCCUGGGAAGUUUGGCGGAGCUCGUUGGCGCGCCUACGGAUGCGUUGCGCCUUCUCAUCUCCAUUCUACUAGGCUUCCCACUGGCGCUAAUUCACAGGCGAACAUUGUACGGAAAGAGUCCGACGAGUCAGCAUUAUUAUUUCGCAGCAUGUGGUCUCAUUAUCGGCUUUUGGAACUACGGUGUGGAUAUUAUGCAUUCGAUGGCGGCAUUAACCGUCACCUACUUGACCCUCAAAGCUCUUGGCGGCACGCUCGUUUCCGUCAUUCUGACGUUUAUAUUUAACAUGGGUUAUUUGCUCAUUGGUUAUUACGCGACGGCGACUGGAGAUUACGAUAUAAAAUGGACCAUGCCCCAGUGCGUCUUGACUUUGAGACUGAUAGGUCUCGCCUAUGACAUACACGACGGUCAAAAGAAAGAGGAAAAAUUAUCGGAGACGCAGAAGCUCACUGCUCUGCGGGAGCAGCCGUCUUUUCUCGAGAUGGCAGGCUUCUGUUAUUUCCCUGGAUCGUUCUUGAUUGGACCCCAAUUUAGCAUGAGAAGAUACCUGGAUUACGUGAAUGGCAAGCUCGUAGAGACGGAAUUGGAUAGCAACGGCGACAGGAAACCACCCGCUUCUAUUUGGCCUGGAGUACAGCGAGCGUUGGUAGGGUUCGUUUAUGUGGCGUUGUAUCAAAUCGGCACGCAAUAUGUCUCGGAUCAGUACCUUCUUGAACCGGAAUUCGAUCAGUUGGGAUUCGUCAAACGGUGCUUCCUCCUGGGUCUCUGGGGAAGAUGCAAUCUUUACAAAUACAUUAGUUGCUGGCUCAUCACCGAAGGAGUUUGCAUCAUUUUUGGUCUGACGUACAAUGGAAAAGACAAGGACGGCCGCGACAAAUGGGACGGUUGCGCUAACGUCAGUCUUUUGACUUUCGAAAAUGCCACGGAAUUCAACCAUUACAUUAUGUCGUUCAACAUCAACACAAACCACUGGUGCGCGGAAUACAUUUACAAGAGAUUGAAAUUCCUUGGCUCAAAGCUCUACAGUCAACUGGCCACCUUGGCAUUCCUCGCCGUGUGGCAUGGAUUGCACAGCGGAUACUAUCUUUGCUUCUUCCAAGAAUUUAUUAUCAUGUACUUCGAGAAAGACAUCAAGCCUGUACUGACUAAAAACCAAAAGCUUCAAGGGCUCGUGAAUGGAAACUUUUUGUCCAGGACGUUAUUGUGGUCAGUCCUCAAAGUUUACACGUUCGUUUUCAUGGGAUACAGUCUCAUACCGUUUGUUCUGCUAUCAUACUCGCGCUACAUGAAGGUUUACAAGAGCUUCUACUUUAUGGGCCACGUGAUCUUUCUCUCGUAUCCACUGAUUGCGCCUUUCAUAAAGAAACAGUUAAAACCGCGAAGAGACUAAUCGGAUACGGAACGAAAUUUCCGUGCAUAACGCUACUUUCUGUACAAAUUAGCUUCUGCAAUUCUGUCCUAUAUUAUUCGAUCCACAACAGUACUUCCAUAAGACUGGAGUUUUAAUUACUCGUCUCUUCUUUCUAACCGUGCAAUACUGAAUCGAUUCGUACAAAUAGUUUAAAAUGAUUUUUAUUCAUAGACAAUUUUUGUCUAAAGAUUUUUAACAAAAUUUGUCGUAUGCAAAUUUUGUAAAUACAUGUAUAAAUGAUAAUCUAUAUACUUCCUUUUUUUGUUUAUUUUUUUUAAUAGAAGUAGAGAUUUAUGGUGUGGUUUGUUAAGAAGCGUAUUUAUUAACGUGUAUGGAUUGUGAUUUAACUCCGACAGCUUCUUCCACGUGUUUCGAUGUAACUUUUUGAUUCCUCAUAAACUUUCCGCGAAAUCAAAUUUGAAAAGAAAAAACUCCAAAUAAUAUUCAAGGUAAUGGAACAACGCUACGUACUUAUUGUUGGUUUCUCGUUAUCACAAAAUUUUCCAUCGCACAUUUAUACAAAAUUUAAAAGUCGAGGAUAAAACUACUUUUAUUGCACAAAAGAUCGAGAAACCGAGUGUACGUAGCGAUUCCAAAAACUUAAUAUGAAACUUGAAGUCGAAACGUCUCAUAAGCUGGAUAUUAUGAGACAGAUAAGAGUCAUGUUAAUGCGAGAAUCCUAUAACUAUUUUCCUGCAGCAUACUUUGCGUCGUGACGUAACGUGUAUCGAAUCUUCGUAAAAUGAACUAAAAUGUGUAUGUGCGUUGACGAGCAUCAAAUAACCGAGCAAGGUAUGCACAAAAGAUUGUCCUGUCUAGAACUUUUGCGUGCGUGCAUGUUUGUAAUUUAUUUGGGUGAAACGUAGUGAAUCUUACAUAUAAGUAUAGUCAAACGAAGAAAUAUUCAUUCGAUUUCCAUUUCGCGAGCAUGAUGUAAUCUACAAUUUCACACGAGCUUCUGUGUACGUGAAUAACUAUUCAAUAUACGCAUAUAUUUUUUGAAAAAUUUUUCAAGCGAACCACGAGUACGUAUUCUUUUGCACAAUUUUAAGUCGUGUCCACUAUGCAAGCGAGUGCAGACAAGUCCAAAAAUCAAGCUUGACACGAGCACUCGUUAACGAUGUGCAAAGAGUUAUCUCGCAUAACUCUUGAUAUAGUUUUAUAAAAAUGAAUAUUGAGGAGACAAAAGAAAAUAUAUACGUAUAAAGACCAACAGUCUGUAUACUAUUGCUGUUAAAAUAUACAAAAAGGCUGUGGCACGCGUUGUUAUCUAUUAUAUACUAUAUAUAAACCGAGAGUUGUGUAUACUCGAUGAAACAAUUUGUAUCCACAAAAGCGUGAACAAUAAUGACCAAUCGUGAGAUAUUUAAUUCAGAACAAAAAUAUUUUAUACCUAUACUAAGAUUUAUUUUCGGAAAGCAAAAAAGUUUCUUCCAUAAACUGAUCAUUUUUUCCGAAUAUCUAUAUACUCUUGUAUGUUUUUAUAACCAAUGUAUAUGUCGACAAUCAAAUGUGUACAUCAUCGAAAUUGAACGUACAAAUAACUUCCUCGUACACACAAGUUUCACCAGAAAAAUGUAAUUGGAAUUGAUAAUACAUAGACCAAAAGUUAUACACAACCAA